AUGGCGGCUCCGGAUAUCCUCGGCGACCGCCAGUCCGGCCAAGAUGUCCGCACUCAGAACGUUAUGGCAUGCCAGGCGGUGUCUAAUAUUGUUAAAUCCUCACUUGGACCGGUUGGACUCGACAAGAUGCUGGUUGAUGAUAUUGGCGAUGUAACAAUCACUAAUGAUGGUGCCACGAUACUGAAAAUGUUAGAAGUUGAGCAUCCGGCUGCAAAGGUUCUUGUUGAGUUGGCUGAGCUUCAAGACCGGGAAGUUGGAGACGGAACAACUUCUGUGGUCAUUAUAGCUGCAGAGUUACUCAAGAGAGCAAAUGAUUUAGUGAGAAACAAGAUCCAUCCAACCUCUAUAAUCAGUGGAUAUAGACUUGCCAUGAGGGAAGCUUGCAAAUAUGUUGAUGAGAAGUUGGCUAUGAAGGUUGACAAACUUGGAAAAGAUUCUCUUAUCAAUUGCGCCAAGACAAGCAUGUCCUCAAAAUUGAUCGGGAGUGACAGUGACUUUUUUGCUAAUCUGGUAGUUGAAGCUGUGUUAUCAGUAAAGAUGACUAAUGCUCGAGGCGAAGUCAAAUACCCAAUCAAGGGUAUUAACAUACUAAAAGCCCAUGGUAAAAGUGCAAGGGAUAGUUAUUUGCUAAAAGGUUAUGCUCUGAAUACUGGCCGUGCUGCCCAAGGGAUGCCUAUGAGAGUUGCCCCUGCCAAGAUUGCAUGUCUGGAUUUUAAUCUUCAAAAAACAAAGAUGCAAAUGGGUGUUCAAGUUUUAGUCACUGACCCUCGGGAGCUUGAAAAGAUUCGGCAAAGAGAGGCUGACAUGACGAAAGAACGGAUUGAAAAGCUUCUCAAGGCAGGUGCCAAUGUUAUUUUAACUGCAAAAGGGAUUGAUGACAUGGCACUCAAGUACUUUGUUGAAGCUGGUGCCAUUGCAGUUAGACGUGUUCGGAAAGAGGAUCUUCGCCAUGUUGCCAAGGCAACAGGUGCCACUGUGGUCUCCACUUUUGCUGAUAUGGAAGGCGAAGAAACAUUUGAUCCAUCACUUCUCGGACAGGCAGAUGAAGUGGUGGAAGAGCGGGUUGCUGAUGAUGAUGUGAUCAUGAUAAAAGGAACUAAAACAAGUAGUGCAGUUUCAUUGAUACUUAGAGGUGCAAAUGACUUUAUGCUUGAUGAAAUGGAAAGGGCUUUGCAUGAUGCUUUGUGCAUCGUGAAGAGAACUUUGGAAUCCUCCACGGUCGUUGCUGGAGGCGGUGCUGUUGAAGCUGCCUUAUCCGUGUAUUUGGAGAAUCUAGCAACUACUUUAGGAUCUAGGGAGCAGCUUGCUAUUGCAGAGUUUGCUGAAUCAUUAUUGAUCAUUCCCAAGGUUCUUGCUGUCAAUGCUGCAAAGGACGCUACUGAGUUGGUUGCAAAAUUACGAGCAUAUCAUCAUACUGCACAAACUAAGGCAGAUAAAAAACAUCUAUCAAGUAUGGGUCUUGACCUCGUCAAAGGAACAGUCCGCAACAACUUAGAGGCUGGGGUGAUUGAGCCUGCAAUGAGCAAAGUCAAGAUUAUCCAGUUUGCUACUGAAGCUGCUAUUACAAUUCUUCGAAUCGACGACAUGAUAAGGCUUGUCAAAGAUGAAAGUCAAAAUGAAGAGGAUUAG